AUGGCUAAACCAAUUGUUCUCCAUCUCGGAGACCCCGUCGAGCACAACACGGCGCUGUACGAGACGCUCGCGCAGCAGUUCACAAUCAUCCGCCCGUCGGUGGAGGAGCGGCAGCGUGAGGCGUUCAAGGCCGCCCUGGAAGAGAAGCGCUGGGGCGAUUUCCAUGCAAUAAUGCGCCCGUUCUGGAACUCUGGCGGCGAGAUGGGCAACUGGGAUGAGGAGCUUAUUGCCCUCCUCCCGGCAACAGUCCAGGUGUCGGCUAGUGCGGGAGCUGGGUACGACUGGGUUGACACUCAGGCCUUCGCCAAGCGAGGCAUCCUUUACUGCAAUGGCGCUGCGGCGUCGACGGAGGCCGUGGCUGACACGGCCCUAUACCACAUCAUCAGCGUGUUCCGCAACUUGAACUGGUCGACAGUGGCAGCGCGGUCGUGCGACGCCGAGCAGUGGCAGGAUGCGCACAAGAACACGCAGCGCACAGCAUGGAACCCGCAGGGCCAUGUGCUAGGCAUCAUUGGACUAGGCAACAUUGGCUACCGGAUUGCGCAGAAGGCGUAUCGUGGGCUAGAGAUGAAGAUCCAUUACCAUGACCUAUACCAGAAGGACGCAGCGCAGGAGGCCGCCAUUGAAGCCGUAUACCAUGCAUCUAAGGAGGAGCUAGUCGCCAUUGCUGACUGCGUGGUGCUGGCCACUCCAUUCUCUGGGGAGGCACUGGUCAAUGCUGAGUUCCUCGCCCGGUUCAAGCGGGGUGCCCGUCUAGUCAACAUCGCUCGUGGGGGGCUUAUUGAUGAAAAUGCGCUGGUUGACGCCCUGCAGUCAGGCCAGCUGUUAGGUGCUGGCUUGGAUGUCCAGGCCACGGAGCCGCACGUCAACCCGAAGCUGGCAGCAAUCAAAACGGUUGCGCUGACGAGCCAUACCGCGGGGGGUGCCAUGGACACUUUGAUCGGCUUUGAGCGGCUGGCGAUGGAGAACGUGCAGCGCGUGCUGAUGGGGGGGGAGCCGCUGACAGCUGUGAAUAAGCAUUUAAUCAAGUAA